AUGGAUUCAACCCAGCUCGACGAAAUACGUCGAAACUACUCAAUUUUGCUUGUUCUAAGUAGACAGACUGUUGUAGAUCAGCAGAAGUCAAUUUCAAUAAAAAAUUUUUUUCAGGGCUUCCGCAAUUUAAGCAAUAAUGAUAUCAGUACAAUCUUUGACUCAGCACCAUUCACUCAAUGGCACUUCCAAAUACAAGCUGCAAACCCUGCCGGUGCCGGUCCUUGGAGCUCACCUUUGGAUGGACAAACUUUGGGAACUGCACCAGGUCCAGUUGGGGAUUUCUCUGCGCAAACUCUAACACCCGAUGCUGUUCAACUUUCAUGGCGUCCCCCACAAAUUCCAAACGGCCAAAUAACAGGCUAUGAGGUUGGCCUAGAGCUGAUCUCACGAGGAAUGUGCCAAAAUGGACAGAAUGUUGCAGGAAGUGAUGCUGCUGGAGGAGGAGGGGAACAACAACAACCAGCUGCUACUACGCUCCUUUCAGACAAAUCAUCCUUCACUCUUCAACAGCUACACCCACAUUCACGCUAUAGAAUUGGAGUGGCAGCACGGACAGACACGGGCGCUGGAGAGAGAGUGACAAGAGAAGUUCAGACUGAUCAGUCAGUGCCAACAGCCCCUCCAGCCAAUUUUCGUGUCGACAACAUAGGCGAAAAUAAUGCCGAGUUGAGUUGGCAUGCACCUCCAUGCGUGCACACAAAUGGUGAUAUAACUGAAUAUGAGUACGAAAUCGCUGCUGCGGACAGACUUUCUGCACAAAUUCCACGCGUCACAGACGUCACUCGUUCCACACGUGUUCACUUAACCGGCUUGGUUCCGUCGACUUCUUAUUCGGCCCGUGUGAGAGCUUUUACUGCGCGUGGUCCAGGACCUUGGUCGCCGGAAUUGCGAUUUCAAACGAGGCCUUCAGCAUUGCGCGAGCCAAUGCCACAACCGAGAGUUUAUGCUACAGGAAAUAAUGAAGCUCAGUUGGUAUGGCAAACAACUCAAGGGCAGUCUGGAUAUUGGGACAAGUUUGCAUGUCAAUGGGCACCUACUGGCACUCAAAAAUACAAGGAAGAACGUGUUGUCCCUGCCUAUAAUCCAUGUUCUGCCGAUCUGGUCCGUCGCUAUCAACUUCCACCCAGUACCACACAGCUACAGACCCAUUGCACAGCCUUGCCUGUUCGACAAGAUCCAUCAGCACUUGACUAUCGAGUACGUGCUAAACCUCAAGGACAGCCAUGGACACAAUGGAGUCCUCCUCAAAGACCUGUUGUUGUACAACCGCCACCACCUCCUCCCCCACGCCCUCCUCCUCAACAACCACGCCCAGCAAUUGUUGAUGAUUGUAUACAAUUACUAGCUUUGCACAAACAAGGAGGAUCUGCAAAUACUUUGAGAUUUGCUUGGUCUGUUCGUCCAUCAGAUUUGUUGCGUUGUGCUGCUUUUAUUGUAUCCGUGACACCCAGAGAUGGUAGAGAACCUGCUCGCCAAUUCCGAGUUGAUUCUAGCACAAACCAAUACACUGCAGAUUCGUUAAGGCCUGGGACGGUAUAUGCGGUUAGUGUUCAGCCUGUAGUGAAUGAACGACCCUGUCCUGGAAUGACGGUUGACAUGACUACUGAUGUGGAACCUCUCUUCCAACUGGACCAACGACCACGAAUCGUCGAAGAAAGGGCCACCUCAAUCACAAUUGCUUGGGACGUCCCUUCAUCCAUUCAAUGCUCAUCCUUCAUUGUUGAAUACCGCCUAGAAACAGGUCCUUGGCAACAAAUGCAGCAAAGGGUUCCUUGUCAGCCGGGCAGAACAACAUAUACAGCAACAGUACCAGGACUUCCUACAAAUAGUGCUGUUGAUUUGCGUGUUAGAGCUAUUUCAUUGCAAAACCAACCCAGCAAUCCAAGCCCUGAGGUCCGAGGCCACACAAAAUGUUCACCUCCAGACUCUCCCCCUCAUGGUUUACGUCUUGAUUCCCCUACACAAAACGAAGUAAGGCUCAGUUGGGCACGUCUUUCAAAACUCAGUUGGAACUGUGACGAGCUUCAAAUUGAUAUAGGCUACAGAACGGCUGAUCAGCCCGAACGAAUAUUGACUGUCCCAGCAGACAAAGUCGAACAUAUUUUCUCCUCAGAACCAAACACCCGUUGGACAGUUAGACUGCGAGCUACAAACCAGGCAGGAAGUAGCCCUUGGGGACCAGAACAAACACUCGUUACAAGGCAAGGAGCGCCUGGACAUGUACUAAAUAUGCAAUUAACGCCUCUAUCUCCAAACGAAAUAAAAGUUACUUGGUCACCUCCAACCGUUCAAAGAGGAACUAUUGUGGGUUAUGACAUCUCUUAUAGACUAAAGCAUAGAUUGGCUUGUCCAGAAGAAGAGCCACGUGAUGUUAGCAGAGAUUUUGUUACAAUCUAUAAUCAUAAGGAUACCGAAUAUAUCUUAACCGGUCUUCUUCCAAAUUCAUUAUAUGAAGUCAAAGUCCAAGCAAGAACAACACAACUAGGCCCAGAAGAAACCCGUGAGGGAGCAACCUUUCAACAACCUCCAAGUGCUCCGCCUCUAAAUCUUCAAUUGACUUAUGCCUUGGAACGUUCUCUAUCUUUUCAAUGGGAACCUGUGGAAUGUUCACAAAGGCAUGGACAAAUAAUUGCUUAUGAAUACGAAAUUAUUGGACAGGAUGAUUGGGCAAAGUUGGAAAGACAAAUUGCUAAUAUAUCUCAACAGCGUGUAACUAUUGAUGGCCUUACACCUUAUACUAAGUACGUUUUCCGAGUUCGUGCCUACAACGGCGUUGGCGGAGGACCUGCUACCGAAAAUUUGGAUGUAAUGACGGCCAAAGCAAAUGCACCACUUCCUCCCCAAGACCUUGUGGUCACUCAGGAGGGUGUUUCUUGGUUCACAGUUUCUUGGCUUCCACCUUAUCCUCCUUAUGGACCACACGAUCGUUAUAAACUCCAAUAUCAACAUUUGAGUUCAUCACCAAAUGAUUGGAAAAGUAUUGAGGUUGAUUCAAGAAGCAGAGAGUUGGAAUGCCCAGUACCCGGUCCACGUCUUUGCUACAAUAUUACCGGUCUUGAUCAAGGACAGCAAUACCGAGUCAAAGUAGCUGCCCAUAUUGAAGGAGGCAAUUACGGUCCUUUCUCCCAGAUUGUUAUUGCAAACACACUAAGAGUUGUUCCUGGAGCUCCUGCUUCCAUUGAUUUGAUAGCCAAAACUGACCAUUCCUUGCAUGUUGGGUGGAAACCUCCAUAUGACCAAUUAGGGCAAAUUACUGAGUAUCGCCUAUCUUGGCAAUCUCUUGCCCAUCCAAAUGCUCGAAGUCAGUCUACAAUUGUUGACCACCCCAAAAUGGAUCAUUUAAUUGAUGGACUUGAGCCAGAGACUUAUUACAAUAUUUCUCUCUCAGCCGGCACUCCACACGGAUUUGGGCCGGAAAUUUGGGCUCAGUUCAGGACAGACUCGUUCCGAACACCUUCUGUUCUACAAGCACCUAUAUUGACGCCUGAGGGGGCACAUACAAUACAUGUGGAAUGGACGGGGGUUGUAGACACUCAAAAUAGAGUGGCUGGAUAUAUUGUUGAAAGUAGAACCAGUGAUGCUCCUCAAUGGAUUGAAUCGAGUAGUGUGGUCCCGCAUGAGCCAGGAAGGCGUCAAUACAAAACUCGAUUGGACGGUCUUGAACCUGAUACUCUCUACUUUGUCCGUAUCAAAGUAGUUGACAAUCGCCAACGUGUAAGUGAAGCCUCUCCAGAAGCACAUGCACGUACUGGUUGUGCUCCUCCAACUUCACCGCCCACAAGUGUUGCUUUACACGGGUCAAGUGAUUGGCGUCAAGUUAGAGUUUCCUGGCAACCACCAAAUAAACAAAGCUGGCUUUGUUCAACAAUAAGUUAUGAAUUGGAAUAUCACAAUGGAUCGGUGCCUUCGAGAUUAGUUGAUGUUCCUAGCGGCUACACAGACCACAGUUUACCUUCAGGACCAGGGACAGCUUGGAGAGUCCGUGUUCGAACAAAGAAUCCUGCCGGUGUCUCUCCUUGGUCGCCAGAAGUUGAAUUGAGAACAGGAGGUAGACCGCCGGGAGAAGUAACCGAUCUCCGAGCAGAUGCGACAGGUCCAGACAGCGUUUCCUCUACUUGGUCACCCCCUGAAUCUGACGAUGAAAUAACUGGAUAUACUCUAGUCUACACAUUAAAAUCGAUUGGGGAAUGCGGGCCGAGUUCAGCCUCUAGACCUAUUACGAGGGAAACAACAGAACCUAAUUUGGAUUUGCAAGGAUUGUUGCCUGACUCUACUUAUGAUAUUACUGUUACUGCACAUACUGCUACUCAAGAAGGGAAACGGUCUAAAGUUGUUACUGUGAGGACUGAGGAAGCUCGUAUGUUUGUUUAA